CUCCCGGAGCGUGUGGAAGCAGUGCUGGUCCAUCCAGGGAUCACAGGGUGCUGAGGAUGCCGAGCAUUUUCUCCUACCAGAGCGCCGAGGUGGAUUGGUGUGAGAGCAACUUCGUGCGCUCGGCGGUGAUCGCUGAGUACUACAACACCAUCAGCAAUGUGAGCUUCUUUCUGCUGUCCCCUGCGCUGCUGUACCUGAACAGGCAGUACUGCCAGAAGAAGGCUGUGCCCCUCUACUUUGUCUCAGGGCUCCUCAUCCUCGUAGGUCUCUUCUCCAUGUACUUCCACAUGACCCUGAGCUACGUGGGACAGCUGCUGGAUGAGCUCUCCAUCCUCUGGACGCUGGCUGUGGCUUAUUCCUUCUGGUACCCUCAGGCUUACUUCCCCAACUUCUCAGGAGGAAACAGGAGACAUUUCUUCUGGCUGACUGGUAUCACCACCGUGAUCAGCACCCUGAUGUCCUUUGUCAAGCCCACCCUCAACGCCUACGCCCUCAACUGCAUCGCCUUCCACCUGCUCUACCUGACCUGGAAGGAGCUCAAGAAGUGCAAUGACAAGCGUGUUCACCGCAUGGCCGCGGUCAUGGUGAUGUGGUGGGCCCUGGCCAUCACCAGCUGGAUCAGUGACCGCUGGCUCUGCUGGCUCUGGCAGGCCAUCAACUUCCCCUACUUCCACAGCUUCUGGCACGUGCUGAUAGCCCUGUCCCUGCUGUACUGCUGCCCCCUGGUCAUCUACUUCGACGUCAGCUACGAGAUGCCCUCGUUCAAGCCCAAGCUGGAAUACUGGCCCAGCGACUCGUGGCCUGUUGUGGUGCCCUAUGUCACCCUGGAGGAGCCCCACAAGCAGUGCUAG